UAUCGCCCGCGCCGACAACGUGCAUACCACCAUGCAGCGGCCCACCCUCACCAACGUCCACAUCCGCUCCGCCGCCGACGCCCACAAGCUCUUCUACGCCGUCCAGCUCGGCCUCCUCCCCAAAAUCGAGAAGCGUCUCGACGCCAACGAGCGCGCCGCCCUCCGCCCAGGAGACGUCUACGUGUGGGAGGAGAAGGGCCCCAGCACGGACACGUUCAGCGUCAGCAUGGAGCGGUUCACCGAGGGCAAGUCCUGGACGGCCUCGCGUGUCCGGGAGGAUUUCCUCAUGUACUUCGAGAGCCCGCGCAAGGGCAAGGGGAACGCGAGAACCUCCGAAAAUCAGGUCGUUCGCCCCGGCGAGCAGGACCUGUACAUCAAGCUCACCUACUCCGUAAUCCGCGAGGACGUGAACCAGGACGGCUCGCCGUCCAAAGAGUCGGACGACAAGCACAAGAAGCCGCCGAAAUGGCACAUGAACGCGUACUUCACCAAGCUGACCGAGGGCCAGUUGCGCACGAUCGACGAAAUCUCGCAGCUCCGCGAUCUCGUCGUGCCCGCGGGCAUUUUCAGGAGCGCGCGCACGACGAAGCCGGGCAAACGCGGGGAGGGUUCGAGGGGCGCAAGUUCGAGCGUGAAGCGUAUGUACGCUCCUUUCCCUCCUCAGCCCAUCCGCCGUCCGCGCGAGUCCCCGCCGCCGCCCGUCCCCGUCCUGCCCGGGCCCAGCGCGCUCGGCAGCGGCUCGUCCAUCGCGCUGUCUGGGGUGCCGGAAGCGUUCGUGUCCCCGCCGCCAGGCUCGGUACCCCUCCACCCACUCCCUCCCGUGCCAUACGCGUAUUCUGAGGUGAUUUGGUACCUUCCUGAGUGAGUCGUUCUGGUAUUUACAGACGUGCCCGCAGGAGUCGCAACUGGCUACCGCGCUCUCCCCGCACUACGGCAUGAACCUCGUCGACGAGGUGAAGCCCCCGCUCUCGCCCAUGUCCGCGGCGGCGUAUACCCCCACCCUCGUCGCCGCGGUCAACCAGCCGACGCCGCACUACGCGUGGACGUCUGACACCGUCGCGUCCGCGUCCCUCGCGCACCAGCAGAUGCGCGUGUCGCACUCGCACUCGCCCGCGUCCUCGGAGCGGUCCGCGCACUCGUUCGGGUCCGCGUCCGCGCCGCACCACAUGUCCCCAAGUCUGUCGAGCGCGUCCGCGUCGUCGCAGGACUCGCCGAUGAUGAUGGCUGCGACGCCGCCGCUGUGGGAGGACGGCGAGCCGUACCGGCCUGCACCGAUGCUCCCGACGGAGAAGCAACAGGCGGCGUCGCUCGAUUUGGUGCCGCUCAACACGCUCCCGCGCAGCCAUGUCUACAGGAGGUGCCCCGCGGACGACCGCGCGCUGCGCUUGCUCGCUCUUGCGCCGGGCGCGAGAUGAUGCGUGCGUGUUGGACUCGUAUUCAACGGGGACGGGGGGUUCGAGUUCGGGAAUGGUCGGCCGGGCCGAGCGCACGACGACGGGCAAGCGGCGCGCGACGUUGUUCUGAUGCUCGGGACACACACCUCUACGUCAUCACUCGGGAGGGGGGGGGCACACGUGUUUCUCGGGUUCGGUGAGGGACGGGGGAGGCGCACUUGAUUCCGGACCCGAGCGUUGCUAUCGCCACCCCCGACCCGAGCCCAGUUCCUCGUCCCUCGCACCUUGUCCCUCUUCCCGCGUCCCUCGUGUCGGCCACCACCCCAGAUGCACUGCACCCAGCGUGCGUGCGCGAUGGUCGGGGGUAGGACCCUUGUACACUGUCGGGGCAGGGACUCGGUCUCUUUUCGGAUAUGUUGUUUUACCAUUUACCAGCGUCGUGGCGUUUAAGCGUUACUCGCCCACUUCGGCACUAUCACUAUCGGCGCCGAGAAGGGGAGGUCGAGAGAUCCACAAUUCCCAGAUUGAAAGCAUAGCAUGUAAUUGUACCCGGUUAUACCACUAGCACUAGUUACGGACACGCAGCAUAGGAACGCAUAGGCACAGGCAUAGGCAUAGGCAUACGAACAACGGCAUAUCCAUCCAGAUCCGCAUACAGACAGUCGACACCUUCUCAUCCCAUACUCCCGGUAACCCAUGAUCGAUUUCCCCGACACCGUAGAAUUUGGCUUUCCCAAGUCGUCGGAAGGGGGCUUUUCGAACCCGCCACCCCA